GAGAGAGAGAGAGAGAGAGAGAGAGAGAGAGAGAACGGCAGCAGUAGCAGGAAGAAGACGAAGACGAUCGUCACAACCUUCGUGAUGGACAAUAUCACUGGAAAUGAGUUAGAUUGUACAUCAGAGGAGACCGGCUGGAAUACCUUGGAUUUUGUUAAAUCAUUGAGAAGGAAUGAUGUGCGGAGUGGCUGUAAUUGUGGUCCAUGUUGCUCUUGAGAGGUCAUUUGGCUCUCUCUGUACGCAACCAUGCCGCGGUAUUAUUGUGACUAUUGUGACACUUACCUGACACAUGACUCGCCUUCUGUCAGAAAGCAGCACAAUGCAGGGUACAAACACAAGGCGAACGUCAGAACUUAUUAUCAGCAAUUUGAGGCACAACAAAAUCAAAGUUUGAUCGACCAAAAGAUCAAGGAACAUCUCGGGCAAACUGCUGUGUACCAGCAAGUUGGUCCUGCAUACAACCAAAUGAGGCCCCGUUUGCCUAUUCUUCCUACUCCCAUGAUGCCAAUUGCAGGGAAUGGCCAAUUUCCUGUUAAUUCACUACCUGGAGUUCGACCACCAGUCUUCCCAAGACCACUUCCUGGUACACCAGGUUACAUGUCUGCUCCUAUGAUGCCACCAAUGGUGGCACCACCCGGUGCUCCAAUGCCCGGUCAAGUUAAUGGUCCCCCGAGACUACCAACAAUGAGUGGCCCCACAGGAGUUCCUGGAAGCAUGGCGACACCCACUGCUAGUGGUGCCACCUCAAUGGUUUUUCCAGUUACAUAUCAGCCUUCUUCAGCGGCACCCACAAGUGGAGGUGGUGGUGGUUUCGAUUUGAAUGCUCAACCUCCUGAGGCUAAUCAUUAGACUGUCAUUUUUCUUCAUAAUCUGUUUGAACUGAUUCGAUCUACGAGCAGUAUGUUGUAUUUGAGCUAAAAAAUAUGGUGCAAGGAAGGUGGACUAUGUCAUCGAAGGAAAAGUAUAUCGCUGCCUUUUGUCUGCAGUAGUAGUUUACGGCUGUAUUUAUGGUUAGAAUGAACCACUUCUUUACUGAACUUGCAUCCCCACUUUCUUAAUAUUUGUUGCUUUUGUGUUCGUCUGUGUGAUUUUGGGUAUUUCAAACCAUGACUAUGAAUCUUCAACAUUUCAUCA